GCAAGUAAAGUUCCCUAAAAUUCUCUAUAAAGCUUUUGGAACUUUUCAUUAAAUCAUAGAAAAUUUACUUUUUCUGUCUUGGGAGCCAACGAUAUUUUAGAGAAUAAUUAAUCUGCGUUUCUCCAGUUGAACAUUUCUUAGCCUUAAGAGCCAUGCAAACAGAGCUCUCCACCUGCUUCUUUCUGUGCCUUUUGCCAUUCAGCUUUAGUGCCACCAGAAGAUACUACCUGGGCGCAGUUGAACUGUCCUGGGACUACACGCAUAGUGAACUGCUCGGUGAGCUCCACAUGGAUACAAGGUUUCCUCCUGGAGUGCAAAAAUCUUUUCCACUCAGCACCUCAGUCAUGUACAAAAAGACUGUCUUUGUAGAGUUCACAGAUCACCUUUUCAACAUUGCCAAGCCCAGGCCACCAUGGAUGGGUCUGCUGGGUCCUACCAUCCGGGCUGAGGUUUAUGACACAGUACUCAUUACACUUAAAAACAUGGCUUCUCAUGCUGUCAGUCUUCAUGCUGUCGGUGUAUCCUACUGGAAAGCUUCCGAAGGUUCUGAAUAUGAGGAUCAGACCAUUGAAAGGGAGAAGGAAGAUGAUAAAGUCAUCCCUGGCGAAAGUCACACCUACGUCUGGCAGGUCCUGAAAGAGAAUGGUCCAAUGGCCUCAGACCCACCAUGUCUCACCUACUCCUAUUUUUCUCAUGUAGACCUGGUGAAAGACCUGAAUUCAGGCCUCAUUGGAACCCUGCUGGUUUGUAGAGAAGGAAGUUUGGCCAGAGAAAGGACACAGACCUUGAAUGAAUUUGUACUACUUUUUGCUGUAUUUGAUGAAGGGAAAAGUUGGCAUUCAGAAACAUAUGAGUCCUCUGCACAAGCUAUGGAAACAGUAUCUGCUUGGGCCCGGCCUGAAAUGCACACAAUCAAUGGCUAUGUAAACCGGUCUCUCCCAGGUCUAAUUGGGUGUCACAAGAAAUCGAUAUAUUGGCAUGUGAUUGGAAUAGGCACCACCCCCGAAGUGCACUCAAUUUUCCUUGAAGGUCACACAUUUCUUGUGAGGAACCAUCGACAGGCCUCCUUGGAGAUCUCACCAAUAACUUUCCUUACUGCUCAGACACUUCUAAUGGAACUUGGCCAGUUUCUACUCUAUUGCCAUAUCUCUUCCCACCAACACGAUGGUAUGGAAGCUUAUGUCAAAGUGGAUAGUUGCCCAGAUGAACCCCAACUACGGAUGAAAAACAAUAAAAAAGAGGAAUAUUAUGAUGAUGAAUUUUAUGACUCUGACAUGGAUAUUGUCAGGAUUGAUGAUGACAACUCUCCUCCAUUAUUCCAAAUCCGCUCAGCUGCCAAGAAGCAUCCUAAAACUUGGGUUCACUAUAUUGCUGCUGAAGAGGAGGACUGGGACUAUGCUCCCUCAGUCCCCACCUCCAAUGACAAAAGUUAUAAAAGUUUAUAUUUGAAUAAUGGUCCUCAGCGGAUUGGCAGGAAGUACAAAAAAGUCCGAUUUAUGGCAUACACAGAUGAAACAUUUAAAACUCGUGAAGCUAUUCAGUAUGAAUCAGGAAUCCUAGGACCUUUACUUUAUGGAGAAGUUGGAGACACACUGUUGAUUAUAUUUAAGAAUCAAGCAAGCCGACCAUAUAACAUCUUCCCUCAUGGAAUCACUGAUGUCAGUCCUUUGCACUCAGGGAGAUUGCCAAAAGGUGUGAAACAUCUGAAAGAUAUGCCAAUUCUGCCAGGAAAGAUAUUCAAAUAUAAAUGGACAGUGACUGUAGAAGAUGGGCCAACUAAAUCAGAUCCUCGGUGCCUGACCCGCUAUUACUUGAGUUCUAUUAAUCUAGAGAGAGAUCUAGCUUCAGGACUCAUCGGCCCUCUCCUUAUCUGCUACAAAGAAUCUGUAGAUCAAAGGGGAAACCAGAUGAUGUCAGACAAGAGAAAUGUCAUCCUGUUUUCUGUAUUUGAUGAGAAUCGAAGCUGGUAUCUCACAGAGAAUAUGCGGCGCUUCCUCCCCAAUGCAGAUGGGGUGCAGCCCCAGGAUUCAGAGUUCCAAGUUUCCAACAUCAUGCACAGCAUCAAUGGCUAUGUUUUUGAUAGUUUGCAGCUGUCAGUCUGUUUACAUGAGGUGGCAUACUGGUACAUUCUAAGUGUUGGAGCACAGACUGACUUCCUUUCUGUCUUCUUUUCUGGAUAUACCUUCAAACACAAAAUGGUCUAUGGAGACACACUGACUCUAUUCCCAUUCUCAGGAGAAACUGUCUUCAUGUCAAUGGAAAAUCCAGGUCUGUGGGUUCUGGGGUGCCACAACUCAGACUUUCGGAACAGAGGAAUGACAGCCUUACUGAAGGUUUCUAGUUGUGAAAGAAACACCGGUGAUUAUUCUGAGGAAACAUAUGAAGACAUUUUAACUUCCCCACUGAAUGAAAACAAUGUCAUUGAACCCAGAAGCUUCUCCCAGAAAUCAAGGCACCCCAGCACUAGGCAAAAGCAAUUUGAAUCCACUAUACCUCCAGAAAAUGAUAUGGAGAAGAUGGAUCCCUGGUCUGGAAAAAGACCACUGGUGCAUAAAGUACAAAGUGUAUCCUCUAGUGAUUUGUUGAUGCUCUUGGGACAGAAUCCUACUCCACAUGGAUUAUCCUUACCUGAUCUCCAAGAAGCCACAUAUGAGGCUGAUGAUCAUUUACCUGGAGCAAUAGAAAGAAAUAAAGGCCCAUCUGAAGUGACAAAUCUCAGACCAGAGAUCCAUAACAGUGGGAACAGAGUAUUUACUCCUAAGCCAGACCUGCAAUUAAGACUAAAUGAGAAUUUAAGAUCAACUAGAAAAGUAGAGUUGAGUAAACUUGAUUUAAAAAUUGCUACUUUAUUAAGCAAUCUAAUGACUUCACCAGCAAUUCCACCAGAAGAGUUGGCAGCAGGUACUGAAAAGACAGGUUCCUCAGGACCCCCAAAUAUGCCAGUUCACUUUAGUAAUCAAUCAGGCACCACUGUAUUUUACAAAAAUGCAUCUCACUUUAUUGUGUUUGAUGUGCCUUUGGGUUUGAGUAAGGGAGAUAAUGAUUCUAAGCUGUUAGAAGCAGCUUUAAUGAAUAGUCAAGGAAGUUCAUUGGGAGAAAAUGGAUUAUCAAUGGAGAGUGAGAGGUUAUUUAAAGAGGAAAGAGUUCAUGUACCUACUUCAUUGACCAAAGGUAAUUUUUUAUUCAAAUAUAAUGUGUCUUUAGUGAAGUCAAACAAGGCACCAGUUACCUCAACCAUGAAUAGAAAGACUUACAUUGAUGGCCCAACAUUAUUAAUUGAGAAUAGUACAUCAGUCUUGCAAGAUAUUAUAUUAAAAAGUAAUGCUGAGGUUCAAGAAGUAACUUCUUUGAUUCAUGAUGAAAUGUUUAUUGACAAAAAUACUACAGCUUUGGGGCUAAAUUAUUUGUCAAAUAAAAGUAGCUCAUCAAAAAUUAUGGACAUGGUCCACCAAAAAAAAGAGGGUCCUGUUCCAGUAGGUGCAGAAAAUCCAGAUACAGCACACUUCAAGAUGCUGUUCUUGCCAGAUUCAGAAAAUUGGGUAAAAAGAACUCAUGGAAAGAACUUCCUAAGCUCUGGACCAAGGCCUGGACUAAAGCAAUUGACAUCUUCAGGAUCAGAGAAAUCUGUGAAAGAUCAUCAGAAUUUCUUGUCAGAGAAGAAUAAAGUGGUAGUGGAAGAGAAUGAAUUUACAAAGGAUCCAGGCCUCAAAGAGAUAAUUUCUCCAAACAGCAAGAGCAUAUUUCUUAAUAACUUGACUAAUAUUCAAGAAAAUGAUACACACAAUCAAGAAAAAAAAUCCCAGAAAGAGAUAGAAAGGAAGGAAAAAUUAAUCCAAGAGAAUUUAGCUUUGUCUCAUGUAUAUACAGUGAAUGACACUAAGAAUUUCCUGAAGAACCUUUUCUUACUAAGCACUAAACAAAAUGUAAGUGGUUUAGAUGAGGGGACAUAUACUCCAGCACUUCAAGACACCAGGCCAUUAAACAAUUCAGCAAAUAGAGCAGGGAUUCACAUGCCCCAUUUCUCAAAAAUAAGGGAGGAAGCAAAUUUGGAAGGCUUGAAAAAUCAAACAAAGCAAGUGGUAGAGAAGUAUCCAAGCACCGCAAGGAGCGCUCCUAAUCCAAGUCAGCAGAACGUUGUUGUUCAACGUGGUAAGCGGGCUUUAAAACAAUUCAGACUCCCGAAAGAAGAAAUCAAACUUGAAGGGGGAGUGAUUUUGAAUGACACCUCAACACGGUGGUCCAAAAACAUGAAGUAUUUGACCCAGAGCACCAUCACACAGAUAGAGUACAAUGAGAAGGAGAAAAGGGCCAUUACUCAGUCCCUCUUACCAGAUCAUUCUAUGAGAAGUCAUGGCAUCAUUCAAACAGAAGGAUCUGCAUUACCCAUGGCAAAGUUAUCAGAAUUUCCAUCAAUUAGACCUACAGAUCUGAUCAAGAUCCCAUCCCAAGACAAUUCUUCUCAUCUUCUAGCAUCAGCUUGUAGUUAUGCCUUUAGAAAGAGCAGUUCUGGGGUCCAAGAAAGCAGUCGUUUCUUACAAGGAGCCAAAAGAAAUCAUUCUUUAGCUUUCCUAAUGUUAGAAAUGAUUGGAAAUCAAGAAAAGACUCGCUCCUCAGGGGAAAGUGGCAUAAUGUCACUCAUAUACAAGAAAAUUGAGAACACUAGUCUCUUGAAACCAAGUUUAUCUGAAGCAUCUAAAAAAGUUGAAAUACUUCCUAAAGUUCAUGUUCAUCAGGUAGCCCCUUUCCCUACAAAAAUUAACAAUAGAUCUCCUGGACGCCUGGAUCUAACAGAAGAGAUCUUCCAACAGAAAACACAGGAUGCUAUUAAAUUUAAUGAAGUAAAUAGACCUGGAAAAGUGCCCUUUCUGAAAUGGGCAACCAAAAGCUCUGGAAAGACUCCCUCCAAGCUGAUAGGUCUUCUUGCUUCAGAUAAUCAAUAUGCUACCCAGACACCAAGAGAAGAGUGGAAAUCCCAAGAGAAGUCACACACAAACAUAGUUUUUAAGACAAAAGACACCAUUUCACCCCUAGACCCUUAUAAAAACAAUCAUUCAAUAGCAGCAAUAAAUGAAGGACAAGAUAAGCCCCAAAAAGAAGCCACUUGGGCAAAGCAAGAAGGGACUGGAAAGUUGUUCUUUCAAAACACACCAGUCUUGAAACGCCAUAAAAGGGAAAUAACCCUUCUUUCUCUUCAGACAGAAGAAGACAAAAGUGAUUAUUAUGAUGCUUUUUCAAUUGAAAUGAAUAGAGAAGAUUUUGACAUAUAUGGUGAGGAUGAAAAUCAAAACCCCCGCAGCUUUCAGAAGAGAACACGACACUAUUUUAUUGCUGCAGUGGAGCGACUCUGGGAUUAUGGAAUGAGUAAAUCCCCGCGUGUACUGAGAAACAGGGCUCAGAAUGGAAAUAUCCCUCAGUUCAAGAAGGUGGUUUUCCAGGAAUUUACUGAUGGCUCUUUCACUCAGCCCUUAUAUCGUGGAGAACUAAAUCAACACUUGGGACUCCUGGGUCCAUGUAUAAGAGCAGAAGUACAAGACAAUAUCAUGGUAACUUUCAAAAACCAGGCCUCUCGUCCCUACUCCUUUUAUUCUAGCCUUAUUUCUUAUGAGGAAGAUCAGAGGCGAGGAGAAGAACCUAGAAAAAAGUUUGUCAAGCCUAAUGAAACCCAAAGUUACUUUUGGAAAGUGCAACAUCAUAUGGCACCCACUAAAAAUGAGUUUGACUGCAAAGCUUGGGCUUAUUUUUCUGAUGUUGAUCUGGAAAAAGAUAUGCACUCAGGCUUGAUUGGACCUCUUCUGAUCUGCCGCACUAACACGCUGAACCCUGCUCAUGGGAGACAAGUGACAGUGCAAGAAUUUGUUCUGUUUUUCACUAUUUUUGAUGAGACCAAAAGCUGGUACUUCACUGAAAACAUGGAAAGGAACUGCAGGGCUCCCUGCAAUAUCCAGAUGGAGGACCCCACUUUUAAAGAAAAUUAUCGUUUCCAUGCAAUCAAUGGCUAUGUGAUGGAUACUCUACCUGGGUUAGUAAUGGCUCAGGAUCAAAGGAUUCGAUGGUAUCUGCUCAGUAUGGGCAGCAGUGAAAACAUCCAUUCUAUUCAUUUCAGUGGACAUGUAUUCACUGUACGGAAAAAAGAGGAGUAUAAAAUGGCAGUCUACAACCUCUAUCCGGGUGUUUUUGAGACAGUGGAAAUGCUACCAUCCAAAGUUGGAAUUUGGAGAAUAGAAUGCCUUAUUGGCGAACACCUACAAGCUGGGAUGAGCACUCUUUUUCUGGUGUAUAGCAAGCAGUGUCAGGCUCCACUGGGAAUGGCUUCUGGACGCAUUAGAGAUUUUCAGAUUACAGCUUCAGGACAAUAUGGACAGUGGGCUCCAAAGCUGGCCAGACUUCAUUAUUCUGGAUCAAUCAAUGCCUGGAGCACCAAGGAUCCGUUUUCCUGGAUCAAGGUGGAUUUGUUGGCACCAAUGAUUAUUCACAGCAUCAUGACCCAGGGUGCCCGACAGAAGUUCUCCAGCCUCUACAUCUCUCAGUUUAUCAUCAUGUAUAGUCUUGAUGGGACUACAUGGCAGAGUUAUCGUGGGAAUUCCACUGGGACCUUAAUGGUUUUCUUUGGGAAUGUGGAUUCAUCUGGAAUAAAACACAAUAUUUUUAACCCUCCAAUUAUUGCUCGGUACAUACGUUUGCACCCAACACACUACAGCCUCCGUAGUACUCUUCGCAUGGAGUUGAUGGGCUGUGAUUUAAACAGUUGCAACAUUCCACUAGGAAUGGAGAGUAAAGCAAUAUCAGAUGCACAGAUUACUGCCUCAUCCUACUUAAACAAUAUGUUUGCUACCUGGUCUCCUUCACAAGCCCGACUUCACCUCCAGGGGAGGACUAAUGCCUGGAGACCCCAGGUGAAUAAUCCAGAAGAGUGGCUACAAGUGGACUUCCGGAAGACAAUGAAAGUUACAGGAAUAACCACCCAGGGGGCGAAAUCUCUCCUUACCAACAUGUAUGUGAAGGAGUUCCUCAUCUCCAGUAGUCAAGAUGGCCAUAACUGGACUCCGUUUCUUCAGAAUGGCAAAGUUAAGGUUUUUCAGGGAAAUCAAGACUCCUUCAGACCUGUGGUGAACUCUCUAGACCCACCACUGCUGACUCGCUACCUUAGAAUUCACCCCAAGAGCUGGAUGCACCAGAUUGCCCUGAGGCUGGAGGUUCUGGGCUGUGAGGCACAGCAGCUGUACUGAGCAUAACAAGAAAUAAAGUACAAGACCUUUGGCAUUUUCAACGGAAUAGUUCUGAGACCUUCAUAAAUUCUCCUGAUCCAAUAAAACAACUAUAAUGUAGAAUUUCCUCCAUAAAAUGUAGUAAAAUAUAAUUGUUUAUAUUUUAUUAUAAUCAUAGGAUUUUCUUAAGUGCCCCCUCCCACCCCUAUUAACCUGGUAGCACUAGGAUAACCAACCAUCCCAGUUUGGCCUGGACUGUCCCAGUUUAAGCAAAGCCCUUGCCAGUCCCCUUGCCCCUCUUUUCUAGGCCCAGACCAUUCCCUAACUCCAGUCCAGCAUGCCUCUCAGACUUGCCUUCUACCCCUGAGCCUGGCCUCUGGGUUACUUCCUGCCCUACAUUGCCUUGGUGCUAUCAUUUUUCUACGUAUUUCAAGUAUGCAGUCCAAGCACACACUGCCCUGAAGCUUCCCAAAGGAGUUGUCAUUAAUCCAGCAUUUUAUGGGAGUGUUGCAUCCUA